AUGGGUGGCCAAGGUCAGGUUGACCAUGCGACCUUGACGAGUUCGAUUGACUCAUUAAGGAUACUAAUUGGAGAGGACCGCGUCUUGGAAAAUGACUGUCGCACUUCACUCACAAGCAUUCUGGCGGAUCUCCACGAGGGCGUUGAAAAGCUAGGUGACGACUUCAGGCACAACACAGAACUUCCUGACCAGAUCAUUACCGAGGCGGUAUCAUUACUCAAUACUUCAGGGCAUACUUUGGCAAGCAUCCGUCGACAUGUUAACAGCCAAACAUCGACCGAGGUUUUGACCGAUGAUGCAGAUGCGAGCCUGUUGAAGACCGUCUCAAAACGCCUAAAAAUCGCUUCGGAUAUGCAUACAUUGUCAACAUCACAUUUCCUCCAAACUGAGUUCAAUGACCAAGCGACCGUAGCCUCCAAGUCCGAAAUUCUCAUCAGUAUUGCCCAUAUGAGAGGCUUCUUCAAGCCGAUUCCUGGGACAAGGUCGCAAAACGAAGCACGAUCAGAGUUCCCGCCUAGCUACGAAACAGCCACGGAGAGUCAUACACCGGAUGUGACGCAAAAAUCGGCUCUCACACCUACAGGCUUUGUAGAUGAGAAGGCUGCGUUACGUGGACUAGGAAUGGCUAAUUCCACUGCUCCGACUCCAACAAGCAUAACAGCUAUAAAGAAGUCAAAUGCUACAGAUACCUCAAGACCAUACAUCCCCACGUUUCGUCCAAACUUGGAGGUGAAGCCGGUAUCUAUAAUCGACACCAAUCUGCCUGAGUCUUCUUCUGUACUUAAGGUCCAGUUCUUUGGGAACCACUAUGAAAAGAAAGUGGCUCUAGCCACAGAAAAUAGCCUUCAAGUCUACAGCGCUAAUAAAGGCAUCCUCACAUGGGAGAAGACGAGUUACUCACCAGAACUUGAAGCUCACUCCAUCUUCACCGUUGGAAUGAGCGUAUCUCCCGAUAGCAGCAUUGUCAGCAUGACCGUGAAACAAGGCGACGACCGAAGACUCUUCCUGUUCGAUGCUAAUACUGGAGAUGUCAAAUCAUCGCAUCCGCUAGCACAGAAUGAUUCCGAUCUGAGCAUUAUAUCGCCAGACAACAAAAAGCUCGCUCUAAUGCAGUGGGGUGGAAGCUCCAACGCCGUCAACUUUUUAAAAAUCCGCCAUCUUGACGACACUCCCAGUCCUCCCAAGCAAAUUCUAGUCAAGCAGUUACAACGUUGGCGUGGCUUAGGAGCCGAAUACGCCCCGGAUAGUAGGCACGUCGUGGUUAUUGAAGGCCCCAGCGCCGUGGAAGUGGACAGCAGCAAUCUCUCGAUUUUUAUACGCUUAUACGACUGCAUCGCCGGGUGCCUCGCAACCUCCUAUGAGUGGCCUGGUCCUGCCUCUCAAGGGUUUAUGCAGACUCUGCCGCCAUUUAAAGCAUCUCUCCUCAUCCCUAGGGAUGAUCAGUGGCUGUGUAGUAUUCCCGACUAUCAUUCAAGCGACAAGUCAAUCAUAGUGGAUAUCAAGACUGGUGAGACUGUGACCUCGGUGAUGGCUGAUCGCAGUUUUUCGCAGACUUGGAAUGCCGGCUUUGUGGCAUCGAUGUUUGUGAGCAUGUGUGUUGAUCAGGCGUCGGGUGUUAUCACGAGGACGGAGAUAAACGAAUCGCUGUUAUCACGGGGCAAGACGGUGACUCUUACGAGGUUUACACUUGCCGGGGCCCAGAAUAGGGAGAAGGCAAUGCGCGAGAUGUCGUCAGAGAAGUGGUCUCGGGUCAGGGUUGUGAAGCUGGGGUCCAAAGAUCAGUGUUUUUUGUCUAAGGAUGGGUUGCAACUGCUGAUUCACAGACAUGGGUCGAAUAAGUUGGACGUCAUGGCGCUUGUGCUUUAG